GGUGGGUGGGACACACGCCCAGCGGGUCACCCCUGCCCCUGCCCUGAGAGCCCCCCGAGCGCAGCCCAGGGGCCACUGGCUGCAGGAUGGACUGUGCCAAACCCUGCGCGCCGCCCCACGUGGAGUGCUGCCGCUGAGAUGGAGGCCCCGCUCCCUGGUCUCUCCUUGCUUCUGGUCCUCCUGGCAGUGGGAUGGGGAAGCGGGGCAGUUGCAGCCUGGGCACCAUCUCCAGGUGGCUGCGAGCUUGUGCAGAGCACCGUGGACUGCACUGGGAAAUGGCUGAGCUCCAUCCCAGGAAACCUUCGAGGUGAUACUGAGGAGCUAUUGCUCGAUGACAACACUAUCCAGGUCCUGGGAAAUGCCUCUCUGCUUCCAUAUACCCAGCUCUGCCGUCUCAGUUUGACCAAGAACCGGCUGGAGCUCAUCGAGCCUGGCGCCUUCCACAGCAGCCAAGGCCUCCAGGAACUCUCCUUGUCAGACAACCUCCUCUUCACCAACUACUCACUGACAGCAGCUGCUCUUUCUGCUCUGCAAGCCUUGAGGACACUGGAUCUAGCUGGAAACCGCCUCACUGAGGACAUGGUGUCGGUUCUGGUCUGGAACCUAUCUUCCUUGGAGUCCCUAUCUGUGGCCAGGAAUGUCAUCAUGAGGCUGGACUCGUCCAUUUUUACAAACCUGACACAGCUGCUGGAGCUGAACCUGGAGAAGAACUACAUCUUUGAGAUUGACGAAGCUUUUGAAGGGCUGCAGAGUCUGCAGAGGCUCAACAUAGCUUACAACUAUCUCCCAUGUCUGAUGGGGUUCGGCCUCACCCAGCUCAGGGUGCUCAACAUCAGCAACAACAUCAUUGAGUGGUUUCUGGCCCUGGAAAGCGAUGACCUCUUUGAGCUGGAGGUGCUGGACCUGUCCCACAACCGCCUGCUGUUCUUCCCCGUGCUGCCCCGGCACAACAAGCUCCACUCCCUGCUGCUGCAGGACAACAGGAUGAGCUUCUACCAGCGCCUCCCCAACGGCACGUCCCUGGCCAACGUCACCGUGCAGUUCCUCAUCAUCGAUGGCAACUCCACCAACAUCACGACGGUCAGGCUCUGGGAUGAGCUCUGCUACAGCAACCUCUCCUCCCUGCGCCUGCUGGACAUGAGCCAGAACCAGGUCUGGGGCCUGCCAGAGGGUUUCCUGGCCCAGAUGCCCUCCCUGACCCACCUGAAGCUCAACCAGAACUGCCUGGAGGCGUUUCACCUGUUGGAGGAGGGCCCCUUAGCCAUGCUGACUGAGCUGGACCUCAGCCAGAACCAGCUGGUGGGGCUGGGGACAGAGGUGGGUGUCGGGGACGUCCUGCCCAACCUGCAGCUCUUUAAUGUCAGCUCCAACAGGCUGCGGGCGCUUCCUCCCGGGGUUUUCACCCACACCAGGAAGAUCACUACCGUGGACCUCAGCCACAACCAGCUUGACCUCUGUCCCCAGCCAGACGUUGCAGGUGAGGUGGAGACUCCCCCCUGCGUGGACAUCAGGGGCGUGGAGACCUUGACCCACCUCUCCUUGGCCGGCUGUGGUCUGAGGGGGCUGGGCGGCCGCCCCUUCCAGGGAACGUCGCUGGUCCACCUGGACCUCUCCGACAACUGCCAGGCACUGUCCGGGGGCCUGGGGUGGCUGCAGGACCUUGCCCUGACGCUGCAGGUGCUGUCUCUAAGGAACACCAGCCUCUCCUCCGCCGCCCUGGACUUCUCCGCCCUCAACAGCCUCGUGCGCUUGGACCUUUCGGGGAAUUCCUUGACCGCCUUCCCCGCCUCGCUGGGCGCCCUGGAGCUGCACAGCCUGGACCUGCGGGACAACUGCCUGCCGGCGCUGCCGCCGGGCGCGGCGCGGACGCCGCUGGGGAGGAGCCUGCGGGAGCUCUACCUCAGCCGAAACCCCUACAACUGCUGCACGCUGGGCUGGUGGGACGCCCUGCAGCGGGUGGAGGGGCUGCGCGUCCCCGACGGGCGGGAGGUGACCUGCAGCCACGGCUCCCGCACCCUGAGCCCCGGCGCGCUGCCCGAGCCCGUCCUGCGGAGCUGCCGCUGGCAGACGGCAGACCUGGCGCUGCUCUACCUCGUGCUGGCUCUGCCCACCUGCCUGACGCUCCUGGUGGCCUUCGCUGUCAUUUUCCUCAUGCUCAAGGAGAGGCUGCUGAAGAUGCUGAAAAACCGGUGUGGGGCUUCCAGCCCUUACUGAUGGCUGAGGAGGAGGAGGAAGGGCUCAGGACGGGGAAUGCAAGUGGGUGGGUGGUUGGCCGCUUACAGGAUUACAGGUGAUAACCCCUUCAGGGUGAGUGAGAUGGAGAGUCGAUGGAUGGAGGACACGGGGUGCUGGGAGAGCCCUAAUGGUACCCAAAGGGUGCAGGGCUGUGUCCGGUGAUGGAGCCUGGGAAUCCUCAAGGGACACGUGUUCAGCAGAAACCUUCAGCUUGUGUGGACAAGAGCUAAGCAGACACGACAUCAAAUACCUCUUGGCUGAAGGGACAGGUUGCCCAGAGAAGCUGUGGAUGCCACAUCCCUGAAGUGUUCAAGGCUAGGUUGGACGGGGCUUGCAGCAACCUGGGUUAGUGGAAGGUGUCCCUGCCCAUGGCAGAGAGGUGGAUCCAGAUGUUUUUUUAAGGUCCCUUCCAACCCAAAUCACUCUGUGAUUCUGUGACCGUUUUCCGCAGCGCUGUUUCCUCUCUCCACCCCCUCCCUCCCCCGCCCCGCUACCCCUUUACCCCUUUCAGGCAGUUCCUUUUAUUUAUUCCCACCUCAAAACAUCCUCCAGAUCUGCAACGGCCUCCACGAAGUGCCCCGGGCUGGAGCAGACAUGACCCGGGCGCUGCAGAGAAAGAUCUCUGUAGCCUCAGCCUCCCACAGUGCUUUUGCGGGCACUGCAAACCCGCAGGCAGCCCGGGGCGUGCACCCUGUGCGUGCGCUGAUAAGAUGGGCGUUGUCAGCAGGGUUGAACACAUUUUGGGGGUUCGUUUCUUUGCUGAGCCUCAGCCUUGGUUAGAAACGUCCAUUAAAACCAGCCUGGGUGAAACAAUGUGAAACAUUGAUUGAAAGGCAGGAGAGUGAAUUAUAUCCCUGGU